UUUGUUUUUCUUUGCUGUCAUGGCGUCCACCGAGUAACGGGAGGAUGUGGAGCGGGCUGCUACCCCCCGGAGUGCGGGAGAGCGAUGUGUCUGAAGAGGAAGAGCCUGGCCGCCCCAUCAUCGCACAGGAAGCUGCUGGGGGUUCUGGGGAGGAGGAGCCAGGAACGGCCAAGUGCCCGGCAGGGGUACCUGAGACCUGCUACAAUAAGUUCCUGGAUCUUCGGAGGAGGAGGAUGGAGUCGGAGACGUCGGCGCGCGGCCCGGAGACGAGGAAACGCCGGCGGAAAGGAAAAUGUAAAGAGAAGCCGUCGGGAAAUCCCGGGGUUGUUGGCAGCUCGGCGCUGGACACGCUCCAGCAAUACUUUGGGGCGAACGAUCGCUUUGAGCCGCCGGUCUGCAAUAAAGUUAUUAAAAAGUCGCGCCUUGAAGACGGUGUCGAUCGAGCCAUAAGAAUGGGGGACAUUGAGGUCGCCGAGGAGCUUAGCGACCAGCUGGCAACUCGAGAGAUGGCUGUGAAGGUCACCAGAGCCGCGUCCUGCCACAACUACCUGAAAGCCAAGCAGGAGGAAGAGGCGACUCAGGCCAGCCAGAGGAAGAAGAGAAACCUGGGAUGGGGGUUUGAAGCCAAGAAAAGAUGGGAGACCAAAAGCAACAUGGGCUACAUGUGAUGAAGGCGGAUAAAUCUCCCCCCGAACAUCAAAUGAAGCCGCAAACCAAACGCGCCCGUUCCCGCGGCGAUGGACCGGUGAUUAACACUUUCUGUGCCACGUGACGCCUCAGGAAGCUGCGACGUUCACCAUAAAUCGCGGAUCGCGUUUAACGAGCGGCGGCGGCAGAUUGCGGGGACGCUCCGCCUGCCGCAGGGAUUAGGGCUUUAUCGGGGUCUUUACUAUUUGAGAAAUGAAUUUGGUUUCAAAGACAGAAAUGCUAUGAUAAAUGGAUACAGUCAGCAGAGUGGCCCCCGGGGUGUUAGCGUGGCCCCUGAUACUGCUCGUGGCAGUGCUGUCCGCGUCUCAUUCUGUUAGCAAAGCAUUUGUUUCUGUUUUGUGGAUAUUUUUUAAUAAAAAAAGGUGAAUUGAAGCAAAAA